AUGAAUAAUGAGAUUAAAGAAGACUUGAUAAAUAACUUACCUUUUAACUUUAGCAAAGUAAAUUUUGUAAAUUUGGAGAGUAUAGGGGAGGAAAUAAAAAAAAAUAAACAAACAAAAUAUUUUGGAAAUAUUGAUAAGGUUAAAAAUAAGUUAGCAAAUGAAUUGAAUGUAAAAAUAAGUAACGAUAUAUAUGAAAAUAUUGAAAAAGAUGGCAAUUGUUAUUACACUGAGACUUCAAAACUUCUCAAUAAAAAAUUAGACAUAUCCUUAUUAAAAGACGAACUUGAAAAUGGAAAGAAUGAACAAAAUAAUUACAAAAAAUGGGGAACUAAUGAUAUGACAUUAUUUAGAGAAAGUUUUGACUAUAUAAAUCGUGGGACCACCAAAGAGGAUAACAUAAAAUUUGAUAGUUUGCUAAAUGGUGAGAGAGACAAUAACUUGUUUUAUAAACCUACUUCAGAACUACUUAACUCAUCAAAUCAGCAUUUAAACUUUUUUGAUCAAUGGGACAGAAAAUGGAAUAUACAUCAAAGUAAUGAAAAAGACGUACUAAGAAAUGUGGGGAGAUUGGAAAAUGAAAAUAAAGAAAAUAUGUUAAAUAGCAAUUGUGAUAAUAAUUUGGAUAAAGAAAAUGAGAGAAUGGAAAUGAAAUUAUUUAACUCAUUUAAGGAUGACUUAUGUAAUAAUAAUGAAGUAAAUGAGAAAUUGCACACAUAUUUUAAAAAUUUAGAGAAUAAUAAAUAUGAACAGUUAAUAAAAAAAAGUGACGAUGGAAAAAGCCAAAAAAAUAAUAGCAUAGUAAAUGAUAUACAAUAUGGUGAUCAUAAAGAAAUUCCUGAAGAUGAUGUUAAAGAAAUUAUAAAAAAUAUUAAAAAAAGAUUAGGAUUUUUUUCAAAUAAUGAAAAUAAUAAAUAUAAAAAUAUUAUUGAAGAAUUGUCUAGUUCUACUUAUAGCCAAGAUAUCAAAAUUGUGAAAAAAAAAAAUCACCAAAAAUUAAAAGGUGAUAGAAAAAAAAAACAUAAAAAAAAAAAAAAAAAAACAGCUAUUUCAAAAAUAGAAGAAAAAAUAAUUCAAGAAAAAAAUAAAGAUAGUAAUAAUCCAAAAAUAGAUAGACAAAUAUUAAUGGAUAGUUUGAAUUAUUCGGAAGAUGAUCAAAUAAGUGAAGAAGAAUUUUUGUCUUUCUUUAAUAAUUCCGAAAAAAAAAAUGAAAACAGUAUUAGUAAUAAAAGUGAUAUUGAGAAGGAUAGCCCAAAUGAGGAAGUUCCUUUGUCUGAUCAUCAAACUUAUGUAAAUAAAAAUGAGACCAAUCCUCUUUUUCUUGAUAUAUCAUCAGCAAAAUUUAAGCAAAAUUUUCUGCAAGCAAUAAGGAAAUAUGAAUCCGAUGAUGAGGUAAGUGAAGCAAAAGAAUUAGACAAGUGGGAAGUAGAUAAAGAAGAUAAGAGGGAAAUUUUAAAUACAGAAAAUGAUAGUGAUAAUAAUAUACAUAAAACAAAUUCAAACAAUAUUCUAACUAACUAUGUUGAUACAAAUAAUUGUGAAGACAUAACAGAGUUAGAUAAAAGUUUUAGUAGCAUUGAUAUAGUAGAAAAAGAAAAUAUUCCAAAAGAAAUUGAAAAUAUUAAGGAGGAUAAUAUAUCUAGUGAAAUAAUAUCCCCAGAAAAAAAUGAAAAUAAUAUAUUAUGUAUUUGUGAAAUUUUAGAAAAAUAUAAAAUGAAUUAUUUAAUAGAAAAAACAAAAGAUGAUGAAAAUAAUAAUCCAAAUGAUUAUUUAAAUUAUAAUAAUUAUUUAUCUCAACUAAAUGAAUUUAUAAGUGUCAAUAAUUAUGAAUAUAAAAAUAAUUCUAAUUCGAAUAACGAGAAUAUAAAUGUUGAAAAUUUUUCUGAACAAAUAGACUCAUGUCAAUGA